CAAAAUGUCAAUGUCCAAACUUACUUUGGAUCAUGAUCAAGUUGAAUUUCGAGCCCAGGCAACAGGCGUGUGAAAUCGGAUCAGUAGAUAAGUGUCUGAACAGGAUGGCACUGCCAAUCGCAAAAGGCCCUUGGAAACUGCAACAUAUCUGCCACUCAUCAACCUAUUCAUCUCUUUCUAAACCUCGAGUUUCACGUUUGAGAUGUCUUCUAACGACGAUCAGGAUGAUUUGAAGCCCUCUGCCACCCCAGGCUACAAGCCAACUGGCGCUACCAAAACAGCAGACGAAUACGCCAAGCUUGACGCGGAAGAUGAGAGUUUGGCACGGUGGAAAGCCAGUCUUGGUAUCACGCCUGGAGUAUCAACUGGGGACACCUCAGGACCAAGAGUGACAGUUCUGACCCUAGAACUCGAUUCACCCACACUACCUCCUGGCAAGAAGCUUAUCUUUAACCUCAAGGACACCGCCAAGUUAGCCGAUACCAAGAAGAACCCAAUCACCAUCAAGGAGGGCGUAGAAUAUAACGUUCGGAUCACGUUCAAGGUGAAUCACUCAAUUAUUUCUGGUGUACGAUACAUCCAGCUAGUCAAACGUGCCGGUAUCAAAGUGGACAAGCUUGAGCAAAUGCUUGGGUCAUACGGUCCCCAUCCCCAGGGAGAACCAUACACGAAGAAUUUUGAUGUAGAAGAAUCGCCGUCGGGGCUUAUGGCACGUUCAGGAUCGUACAAUGUCAGAAGCCGUGUUGUGGACGAUGAUGGAGAAGUAUACGCAGACUGGGACUGGUCGUUUAAACUUGCCAAGGAGUGGUGAAUGAAGACUUCUCGCCUUGUCAUUUUAUGACCUUUAUUGCAUUACCCUAUGGCAUCAUUUUGCAUAUCAGCUCUCAAGUGGCUGCCGAAGAAAAGUUCUUCAGGCUGACUGAAGUUUUCCGCUGAAGAAAAUGUUUUAGAUAUAACUGCGAGCUAUGGAAAAUUUGACCGGUCAGGUCGUACUAGUAGCGGACUGUGGUGCUUUGUUAAAUAGGCUAAAGCACGCAGGAGAUUUGACCUAGCUCACAGCAAUGCAACUAGUGCAGACGUA